CUCCCGGCUCUGAGCGGGGAGCGUGGGAGCCUUCCAAGUCCCUCAGUAAAGCCUGAGUUAACAACAGCAGCACAAGUGUCCUCAGACCUCUGACGCUGGCAGCAGAGCCGAAACACACCUUGCCCUGAGCUGUGUCUCUGCCCCACCUGCGCCAGCUCUUGUCUCAUUUUGACUGACGUCAGAUAGUUGACGGUCUUUAAUAUGGCGAUGGAAUUUAAUGCUACGAAUUAAAAGUUUGGACCGCUCAGUUUUCCUUCAUAGAAAAGCGAUGGGAAGGGAUGCCCAGCAGUUGAAAAGUAGUUCAGAAAGUUCUUUUAGGAGGCAGUAGACCAGGGGGUGUUACUUAAAAGUAAGGCUCUUCGUGCAAACUGUGGUUAUCUUACUACUUGGGGUAAGGUCCUGAAAGUGUUUAUUUUAAAUCAGCAGUACUUACUGCUUGUCUGUUGUUUAGAUGUUGAUGCCCAAGAAGAACCGAAUUGCCAUCUACGAACUCCUUUUUAAGGAGGGGGUGAUGGUGGCCAAGAAAGAUGUUCACAUGCCGAAGCACCCCGAGCUCGUCGACAAGAAUGUGCCCAACCUCCAUGUCAUGAAAGCCAUGCAGUCUCUGAAAUCCCGCGGUUAUGUGAAAGAGCAGUUUGCGUGGAGGCAUUUCUACUGGUACCUGACCAACGAGGGCAUCCAGUACCUGCGCGAUUACCUUCACCUCCCUCCUGAGAUCGUCCCCGCAACCUUGCGCCGGAGCCGCCCAGAGACUGGCAGACCACGGCCCAAAGGUCUGGAAGGUGAACGCCCUGCACGUCUUACUCGGGGAGAAGCUGACAGGGAUACGUACAGACGCAGCGCUGUUCCACCUGGUGCUGACAAGAAGGCUGAGGCUGGUGCUGGAGCUGCCACUGAAUUCCAGUUUAGAGGUGGAUUUGGUCGUGGACGUGGUCAGCCUCCUCAGUAGAACUUCCUGCUCAUGUUUUGUGUAUAAUAAAAUAGGUGAAAAUGCCA